ACAGCCAACGGUCGGUCCUGCCCGUGGCAGGUCCUUGGUUCCCGGAAGCUGUGAACAUGGGCAGCUCCCUGGGCUCACCUCAGAGAUCGCUGUCUGCCCCCAGGCACCGAAGGUCUAGGCCUUGGCCUGAGUGGGUUCCGCACAGCCAUGGACCCAACGUUCCUGCUCACCUCCGCACGCCCCAGAGAGUGGUGGGAACCUGGAGGCGCUCUGCCAUCAGACCUCCCACAGGUGUCACCCUGGGCCUGGAUCUCUCCAGUGCCUGGGACACCUAUAUGAAACGAUGGAUUUGGAGUGUACGGAACCCUGGGUGGACCUGCAGCCCGGUGACAGUCAAGAUUGCCCCUCCUGAGGGCAGAGGUAGUCCCCUGGCUUCUCUAGAACAGGGAGCACGCAUUGCAGAGCAUCCAGAGGAGCUUCCAGACCCUUGUGCCAAGGAGACAGUGCUGAGAGCUCUCAGCCAGUGCAAGAAGGGGACUAGACGAUUUGAUGGACCUCUGUGGUUUGAAGUCCCAGAGGUGAAAAAUAGAAGACAGAACCCAGAACCUAAGCGUUCUUCAGCCUUUAAACCCUGGAUAAAAAAUGGAGUGGCUGUUUCUUUUGUUCCCAAGCCUGGGCCUCUGAACAAAAGCAUCGACUACAUGAGCUUCAAUGUCUUCAAGAAGGAAACUGACCCCCAUCCCUGUAUCCACACAGACAUGCAUGCUGUGUUAGAGCCCCACAUGGAAAGCUCUAAGAAGACCCAGGCCUCCUGUGACCCCUGUCGACCCCCUGGGCCCAAGACUGGAGCCUGUGGAGUCUCCUUGGCAGGUGGGGAUUUCCAUUCUUGUCUGAGCUCUGUCAUCCCCUUUGGAGACUCCAGUAGACUUUCACCCCCUGGCCACACAUUCUAGCCCAGUUUGGGUUGCAAUACUUGCUUCACCUACCUAUGACCUGGUCUGCAAAGCCCAAGUCAUCUCUCAUGCCUAUCAGAAUACUCUGCCUCUAAGCCCAAAUCAACAUCUUGGAAUUUGUUGUUGCUUCUUAUUUGCCCAGUUUGUAUCUUGAAACACUUAUUAAAACAGUAUUAUCAAUGAG